AUGGGAGGCAUACAGUCGGCCAGCGUUGGCCGGGAAAACAGUUCCGCUGGAGGAACCCACUCCGGCACCGUCGGGGAGCAACCGCAGACGGUGCUGCAGGUGGUGGAGGAAAAAGUGUCCACAGCACUUCCCACAGUGGAAGAGGGUGGUGGAAAAGAAACAGACGCCGACGUCGAGGAUCGACGAUCGGAUGAAGUGGGUGUGGAAAAUGUCGCGUGCGUGGGGUUGAAAGAUGGCGUCGAUGAUGGCGACGCCGAGGAGGCAGACACCGAUGACGAUGGGAUGGCACAGUGUCGUGCCCGGAAGAUGACGGCGGAGUUGGCCACAUUUCGCCAGGAGCUGCAGCUAAAGCGCGAGGUGCACCAGGCGAAACUGUCAAACGUGCGCCACGAGCUGGAAUACCUGCGGGCGGCCUUGGCGGAGGAGAAGGGCCGCAACCGGGCGCUCAUCAAGUACGUCCAGCAGCAGGAGCAACAGCUGGGCAAGUGCAGUUCGUUGAACCAACUGUCAUCCAACGACGGUCGCCCGGAGGCAGAUGAGGGAGCAGCCGCAUUGAUGACGGAGUUCGUUGGUGAUGACGGAGCGAACGGUGAGCUGGAGGCGAAGGGCGAGUCGUCCGAUCGGAGAUCAUCGGCCCGCGAACAAAGCGAAGAUCGCGCGGCAAAUGUGGUGGAUCGCGAUCGCGACGACGAACACACGCACACCAUCGCCACCGAUGGCGCGGACCGUGCACACGACGAGCGUUUGGCGCUGAAGAAAGAACUGGCUGAGUCACAGCUCGAGCUGCAGCGCGCGACCGGUGACGCGUUGGAGCUACGCCGUGAGCUCGGUCAGUUACGGACGCAGCUUCACGCGCUGCAGGACGAAUCGCUCGAGGAGAGCACGCGACAGAGCGGCAGCAUUCGGGCGCUGAAAGCGGAACUGGCCGAGUCGCAGUUCCAGCUGCAGAUCGCCCAGGCGGAGGUACUAUCGCUGCAGACGGACGUUGGGCAGCUGCGGAAUCAGGUGCGCACGCUCAAGGACGUCAUCAAGGCCGGCAAGGAGAUCAUCGCCAUUCGGGAAGAUCAGGUCGAGCAGUUGAAGGGAAAACUACGCCAGAUCGAAGACACACUACAGGAGCGCGAGGUGCAGAUUAUGUCCGACGAUCUGCGUCGGGAGUAUGAUCGACAGCUGACAAACAUUCGCAACCUAAGAGACCUCUACGAGGAGCGCGAACGAGUUUCGAGGAUGGAGCGCGACAAUUUACUCCGCCAGUUGGAUCUGAAGAAGGGCGAGCUGGCAACCGAGCAGGAAAAGAAUAAAAAUCUGGAAUCACUCGUAGAAAGCUUGCAAACCGACCUGAGUCGACUGCGGGCCGAGCAGGAGCAAACGCAGGAGAAGCUGUCCCAUUCGCAGGCCGAAACGCGCCAGCUGCAGCUGGAGAUGGGUGUCGUCAAUCAGUUUAUUUCGAAGUUCCUGCUCGGCAUGAGCCGCAAACCAACCGCGGGAGACAUCAACAUCGAUAAACUGGCGGCGGUGCUGGAAGAAAACCGAGCGCUACUGAUCGAGAUGACCAAGGAGGAGGCGGAAACGCUGGACACGGGCGCCUUCCUGCCACGAGCCCUGUACGAUCUCGUCGCGGAAGUGGACGAAGCGAACGAAUCCGAGGCCGAAGAGUCUCGGGAGACCACGGGCAAAGGAAACGGCGAGGAAGCGGGGGAAGAGGCCAGCGGAGAGGAGGACGAGUUUACCGAAGUGCAGAAAGCUUCACCGGAGGAGAUUGCUGACAAGCUGCCGAAGGUGUGGCGUGUGCUGAUUGAGCUGGUGAAUCACCAGGAACGGGCCCAACCGGUCCCAUUUGUGGAAGGCGGUGAAAGCGAGGAGUGUCUCAAGUCGGUGCAAACCAGCAGAGGCCCGAAAACGGUCGUUAGCGUGAGCAAAACGUACAUCAAGCUGAAGGACCUGAUCCUGGAGAAGAAGUCGCUGAAGAAGGAAACGAACCGGCUGCGGACCCUGAACUCGCACCUCGAGCGCCGGCUCGACACGCAGGAGAAGCGCCUCAGUGCAGUGAGCUUGGAGCUGACGAAGACCUGGCAUCUGGUGGGAAAAAUGCAGCGCCAGCAUCGUCAGCUGCACACUCAGGAGCAAAUAUUGCGCUACCACCUCCAGCAGAAGCGUCGCCUGUUGAGCGAACUGAAGGAGGAGCUCGAGUACUGCCGGCUGAAGUGGUCCGCCGCCCGGCAGAAGAACAUCGAGUCCGAGGACCAGUGGAGGUCGCUGAAGGCGGACUUUGCCGCCCGGCGGAAGCAGGACUCGUUGAACAAUUCGGGCGAGAGCGGCUACAGUGACGAGCAGCCGUCGGACGAAGAUGACGACAGCAACACCGUCGGACACCGUCAGAAGUCGCAAUUUUCGAUCGUACAGGAGGACGGCAGAAGGCGACGGGAAGGGUUGGGUGGAGAACUGACGGGGCGCCGGUUGGACCAGCGAUUCCUCAGUAGCUCACUAACGAACAUUUACCAGCUGGUGCUGGCCGCCACGGCGAUGCACAAGGCUCGCAGCGAGUCCGAUAUGAAGUCGUUGGAAAACGUGGAACGUGCCAAUCGGUUCUGUAAUGAAAAGAUCGAAGAUUUGCCACUUUUUCCGGACGAGGAAGACGCGGUAGCCGAUGCGGACGGGCUUCCGGUGGUGGCGUUGCGAAAGAAGCGUGGAAAGGCGGGUGCGCCAGGGAAGAAGGGAAAGAAAAAGCGUAAGGAUGCGCCCGAAACGGCACAGGAAAUGUUCCUGCGGUUGAUGAAUCUCACCGAGGACGAUGAGGCGGAUGAUGGUGAGGACGACGAGGAGGACGGCGAUGACGAUGGCGGCGAGGAUCACGAGCGUACGGGCACGGGAAAUGAUGAUGCCGAGGGCGAGUACAGUGAGAACGAAAGUGCAAGUGAGCUGAGCGAGGAGGAGCUGGGAUGUUUGGCUGUGGACGGACGUGACGCCGCGUCGACGAGUACGGCCGAGUCCGAGCAGGCACUAUCGAGCGAGGAGCAGUUCCAACGGAAGCGGGAGGCACGUUUGUUGCGUAUGGCUGAGCUGAACUCCCGGCUGGACCGAUAUGCAUCACCUACACCGACGACAUCGACCGAGGGUUCCGAGCGGCCCCGGGUGGUCGAUUCUGAAAACAACGAUAAGAAUACGACUCCUUCCGGUGUGCUGAGCGAGGACGAGGAGAAAUAUCUUCAGAGACGUGCCGAGCGACUCGAACGGCUCGAACGUGAGGCACGCGAGUUCCGCAAUAGACUCUCGAAAACGGUCAACCGAGGGACGGAGAUAGCGGCGCAGAUUGAUGAGAUUCACAGUGGUUUCAUCGCACGGCAGGCAGAUUCGGCUUCGCCAGUGCCGGGCAGUUCGGGCGGUAGGACCGGUCGCACGGUAGAAGAAGUUGCUCCAGUCCCUUCCGUCGAUUUGUCCUGUUUAACGGACAAAGAACGUGAGUACACGUCGGCACGGGCCGAACGUCUUGAGCGACUCGAGGGCGAAAACCAGCGACUUCUGCGACAAAUGAACCAAACGGUACGCAGAGGGUCCAGCUUGACUACUAAGCUAGACAUGUUACACUCCCGGUACGCUGGCUCGGCUGCCCCAGAAUCUGCCCCAUCGAAUGCCACCACACAAUCGGAAGAAACAGAUGACGUGAAUCUUUCAAAGGAAUCAAACCAAGAGCAGUCCCAUCAGAUUUCAGAAGAACCGCUACAACAACACUCGGUGGACCAGGAGGACCAGGAUGACGAACCACUGCCCUUAACCGGGCCAUACUUGCCCCUGGGACCGGUGGAACUUGUGUUGGUGUCGGACGAUGAUGUUAUGGAGGAGGUGAACGAACAGCUGCUCGGUGGACAGAACUCACAAGAGCCAGAUCGACAAAGCCCCGAUAAAAGCCCCCCACAGCAGUGAACAUCAGCAAUUAAACACACUCACAGACAUGUCGUACAUUAGCUACCUCGUACGAAAAGACAUCGACAACCGUUUGGCGCCGUUCUGUGCUGUACUCAGCGUAAGACGAAAUUCGACCCUGUCCUAUUUCAAAGAACUUUUCCUCUUCAAAUCUUUUGCUUGCAUGCAUGUUUGUCCUGGUUUCAAGCUGAAAUGAAUUCUAGGAAUGUGGGACUCCCAAGCGUUUGUGUUCUGCUGCAGCACCGUCCUUCACAUGACUCUUUUAA